GAGCGCGGGAGCCGGCCGGCGCUCAGACCUGAGAGGUGCGCGCGCCCCUGUCGUCGCUGGUAGAGUUGGGUCCCGCCGCCCCGGUCCGGCCCGUCCCCGCCGCGCGUGCAGCUCGCGUGCCGCCGCCCCGAGGUGUUCGGGGUGGGGGACCGAGACCCCCGGGCUCCUGCGGCACGGUGGCCGGCGGCCGCUGGCGGAGAUGCCUGGGAAGAGGACGCGUAAGAGCGCGCAGCCGAGCCCCGCGCGGGCCCCGGCAGAGCCCGAAGUGGAAUGUGCCAUGCAGCUCCGGAGAUUUGGAGACAAACUGAAUUUCCGACAGAAGCUUAUGAAUCUGAUAUCCAAACUCUUCCGCUCGGGAACCUGACUGCUUUGGGAGCUUUCGAAUGAGGAGAUUGGUUUGAGACGGAAGGUUCCCCAGUAGAUGCAAAUUUCAUCAGUUAGAAGAGACUGCCUUGUAAUGGAGGUUGUGAGGGAGAUCUCACUUGCUUUUGGAUGCCCUUGGAAACCAGGAUGGGAUACAUCCAAGAGGAUUUCUGUCGGGGAUUUCCCAGAAGUCAUUUUUCUGGGGCUCGGGAGAAUGUUAUAAGACCACUUUGUUUAUUUGUAAGGCAAGAAUGGAGGAACUGUGCAACAUAAGGAAUGAAUUACUUAUACCUUGAGUUUUUACUUCGAAAAUUAUUCUGGUAUGUGUGCUGAAGGUUGCUGCCCAGGGGUGCUGGCAAACGGAUAACGGUGGGCAGGGGCAAGAAAGAGCGAAUGUUCAGUGUUGGUUUUCACUUUUGGAAGACAGAAAAGUGCUGUAUAGUCUUCAGUUUAUAUAUUACCUUGUUAAAAGUAAAGAUUUCAUUCUGGAAACACAAUGUCAUGGCGAAUGUUGAUCCCAUAGGUCACUACAAAAUAUAGGGUAAAUUUGAAAGCUUUUUCCUUUUGACUCAAAAUGUAUUGCUUCUGUUCGGAUGACCCUUCAUUGAAUUAUGUUCCUCUGAAUCUUCGCUGGAAAGUCUGUACUUGGGAAAAAAUGUGACAGAGAUGUUAUAUGGUGCCAGUAAGAUUCUUACCGGUUAGAAUGUUACAACAUAAAGAACGUGGGAAUUUGCAUACUGAGAAAUAAUGGGGGAAAAAGGCGAUUUAGGCUUUCUACUGCUGUAAUUAAAACUUAGUGAAACAAAAAUUCUCAAGUAACUUGAUAGGAAAAUGAAUGUAUUUCUAAAGAAGUUUUGAAAAUCUGUAAGUUGCCUUUUCUCAUACUAGUCAGUGUACCUCUUUCAAGAAGUGGUCCUUUAAAAGAAAUUAAGCACGUUUUACAUAGGAUAUACUUUUUUAAAAAAAGAGAAUGCAUUGCUCAUCCAGAAUGGAAAUCUCAUCUAUAUGUGUAGUUUGCAUUAUAAUAAUAUGUAGGUUCUGUGAAAGGUAUAUGAAUUUCCCCCUUUUAUUGUUAGAAGGCCAGACUACCGACAAAGCCCCCAAAUACAUAAAAAAGAAAUAAUAAUGUCAUGAUUGAAUUUCAGCAAGAAUGAUCUUAUUUAUUUUACCUAUUUAUAAUUAAAGUAUUUUGUUCAGUUUCAAAGCGUAUUCGUUAAAGUUACAUUUUUAGAUUAUGAGACCAGGCUUUCAUAAGUACUUGAACAGUAAGAAUGUUUUCAUGAUAGGCUGUAGUCACUUUAGAUGAAAAAUUACCUCAGUAUCUGUUUUUCUGCAGUGUUACUUAAGGCUGUUAGUUUAUUUCGUGGCAACGAUGUUUUUUGAUCUGUCUGGAGGCAGAUAUUUUGCCCUAUGGAUAUUUAUGGUCUGUAAUUGUAUUUAUACAGGUAAAACUUUAUACUGUAGCUGUAAACUAUUAAAGAUUAUCACCAGUCUUGGCUGCGUGUUUACUUCGGUCACGUAAGCUGCCGAAUGUUCGUUACGAAACCAAAAUCGUUUCACCGAUUUC